CGGCGGGUGCGGUCAUGGCAAGGCCUGCGGUCGUGACAUCACCGGAGGAUGCGGAGGGAUAUUCAGCGCCGAGAGUGAUUGUGCCAGAGGGCAAGGGCUGGCGACAAUGCUGGUCGUACGUAGGUCCGGGCUUUCUUGUCGCCAUCGCUUAUAUUGACCCCGCUAACUUUGAGAGCGAUUUGAAGGCGGGAGCAGCAUACAAAUACACGCUCCUCUGGGCGCUGCUGCUGGCCUCGUUAGCGGGCCUCUUCAUUCAAUCACUCUCAGCCAACCUCGGUAUUGUCACGGGCAAGCAUCUGGCCCAGCAUUGUCGCUUGGAGUACCCGUGGGCGCUGAAUUUCGUGCUGUGGCUCAUUGCAGAGCUCAACAUCAUCGCCAGCGACAUUCCGCAAGUGGUCGGCACCGCCUUUGCUCUCAACCUCCUCUUUCACAUUCCCCUAUGGGCGGGUGUGCUUAUAACGGGAUGCAGCACCCUGCUGCUCCUGGCACUGGAGAGGUUCGGGGCGCGUCCCUUAGAAGCUCUGAUGGCGCUGCUGGUGCUGCUUAUAGCGGGGUGCUUUGUAGCGGAGAUGGUUAAGGCGCUACAGCCGUCGGAUGUGGGGGAGCUCUUCAAGGGCAUGGUGGUGCCUCAGUUGAAAGACCUGGGAGCAUUGGCUGUCGCCAUAUCCAUCCUCGGGGCAACCGUCAUGCCGCACAACCUCUUCCUUCACUCGGCCCUUGUUCUGAGCCGCAAGCACGCAGGCACCACUCGAGCUAUCAGGACCGCCACCCACUACUCCCUCUUGGAGCUCGCCCUCGCACUGUUCAUCAGUGUCAUCAUCAACGUGGCAAUCAUUGCUGUGGCCGGCACCGUCUGCAACAGUGCCAGUCUGCCGCCCGGCGCGGCUGAGGCGUGCGCCAACAUCAGCAUCAGCAACGCUUAUGUUCUUCUGAAAGAUGUGUUAGGUGGCUGGGCGGGGACCCUGUUCGGAGUGGCGCUGCUGGCAUCAGGCCAAAGCAGCACGGUCACUGGGACGUACGCUGGGCAAUACGUGAUGCAGGGGUUCCUGGAGCUCCGUAUAAGCACGUGGCUUCGCAACUUCAUCACUCGCCUGGUUGCCAUCGUGCCAGCUCUGCUGGUGGCUCUUCUCUUCGGGGCCAAGGGCGCAAGCCUCCUCAUCAUCCUCUGCUCGAUUACUCUAUCCUUCGGUCUGCCAUUCGCUCUCAUCCCUCUCCUCAAGUUCACCAGCACUACUCUGAAAAUGGGCAUGUUCGCUACACAUACUUGGACUACAGUUGCUGCCUCUGGCCUUGGCGCUUGCAUCACCCUAGCCAACUCCGCUCUCAUCAUCUGGACCUGUAUCAAUCUCCUCUACCUCAACCCCUCCUCCCUCUCCUCCCCUCCCUCUGCCAACUUCAACCUCCUCCGAAUCCUCUUCACCGUUCUAACCUCCCUCCUCCUCCUCCUCUACCUCCUCACCCUCACCCUCCUCGCCCUCCGCCCUAUUUCCACCGCCACUUACCAACCCACUAAGGACGAGCUCUCUAAAGCUGCUGUAGUGGCUAAAGCCCAUGACUUAGCAAUAGAUACUUAUGAAAAUGGGAGUUCAGGAGGCGGUAAAGGAGGGGAGAGAGGGGAGAGAGGGGACUUAGAGUCUGGGUUUGGAGCGUAUGGAGUAUGUGGGAAGGGAUCUGAGGAAGGAGCUAAGGCGGCAGAAGAAUCAGCAGAGGCAGCGGCGGCGGCGGCAGAAGCAGCAGCAGAGGCGGCAGAGGCAGCAGCAGCGGCAGCAGCUGCCUCUGCUCUGGCCCGGUCCAAGAUGCCGCAGUCAGCUGCUGCUGCUGCUGCUGCUGCUGCUGCUGGUUCUGAUGUUACUGGUGCUGCUGCAGGUGCUUCGUUCUCUGAAUCUCCACCUGCCAAUGUUGCAGUGAGUGCAACAAGUGAGGCAAGCCUACAGCACUGGCUGGCGGAAUCGGGAAGACGGUCUUAGCUAAAGGGGUUCGUUCAGAUGACUUUGGAUGGACCUCCCGGUCAAAAGACUUGCCAUGAGUUGACUCAGAAGUACGCUCCUGCGCCCCUGCCACCAUUCCCGCAACUGAAGCGGAGGGUGCAAGAAGUGAGGCCAGCCUACACGACUGGAUGGCGGAAUCGGGAAGACGGUCUUAGGUCAGGGGAUUCUGAACACGCGUGAGGGCACAGGAAGGCACUUCUCAAUUCUUCUGAGGAAGGAGUCUGUAUAUAGGGGAGAUGGGAGGUGAGGUGAGGUGAGGUGAGGGGAGAUGGGAGGUGGGGUGAGUGCGUAAGAGGGAUGCUGGGGAGGGAAGGGAGAGUCCAAACGUGAGCUCGGGUGGUCUAGAACGCUCUGCAUGGACAAGUCACAAAAUGCACCUCUAGAUCGAGUGAGCGCACGGACUGUGGAGAUAAGGGGUGCAGCUGCUUGCUGCCAGAGGGGUGCUGUGGAGGGAGGGGAGGGUCCAGACGUGGGUCAGAGUCUAGAAGCAUCACACGCUCUUUCGCUGUGUUGUGUUGAAUGCUCACACGCUCUUUCGCUGUGUUGUGUUGAAUGCUCACACGCUCUUUCGCUGUGUUGUGUUGAGUGCUCACACGCUCUUUCGCUGUGUUGUGUUGAAUGCUCACACGCUCUUUCGCUGUGUUGUGUUGAAUGCUCACACGCUCUUUCGCUGUGUUGUGUUGAAUGCUCACACGCUCUUUCGCUGUGUUGUGUUGAAUGCUCACACGCUCUUUCGCUGUGUUGUGUUGGAUGCUCACACGCUCUUUCGCUGUGUUGUGUUGAGUGCUCACACGCUCUUUCGCUGUGUUGUGUUGAAUGCUCACAUGCUCUUUCGCUGUGUUGUGUUGAAUGCUCACACGCUCUUUCGCUGCCAUAGUCUAGAAUGCUCUGGAGUCACAGAGUGAGCUGCAGGUAGUCAGAAGUCACUCUCAGAAAGAGUGAGCAUGGGGAAUGUGGAGGUUAAGGGGUGUAGAGCAGCUGCUUGCUGCCUUAGUAUCACACGUUCUUUUGCCCUGUGGACAUUGU